ACCAACCAUACUGUACACAACAACAGCAACAAGUUGUGCGACUGGAAUCACUCCACAAGAAGAUCAAGUGAGAGAUGUUUGCCAAACCUGGGGCUCCCCGGCGAGAAGAAAUGUCGACCAUCCAAGUUAAAAAUACCCUGUUGCAUCUGAGUGGCCAAAAUGUCCGGCUGACCGCUAAAAAUGGCCCCGUCUCAAAGACACCUGGUCUCCAUCUGUCAGUGCAACAUGGAGAGGAGGCGGUGGGUCACCUCACUGCCUCCCCGGCGACCCGGGGGGGCACGGCGCAGUUGGAGCGGUCGCUGCUCAAGUCGCCCAGGCUCGACUCCGCGAGGGAGGCCGAGUACCGGCAGGCGAGGCGCCCCCUGAAACUCGCCCCGCUGGAGCUGCCCGAGGAAGUGAGGGAGGCUCAGAAGCAGAAACUUAAGUUUGUCCAGCCGGAGGCCAAACCGGCUUCCUGUAAGCUGGGUGUGACAUCGAAUGAGCCCCACGCAGGGAAGGUGAAGUCCUGCGUGAGGCAGACACCGCUGAAGGCUGUCGCGGACCCUUGCGCUUCCACUCAGCCACUCAAAGCCCCGCAGCAAAACAGACCCUCAAGGCCCCAGCUGACGCACCCCGGCCCCACGGAGCAGAAUGGAGACAAGCAUCUGGAGGGCGUGGUGUGUCGAGGUACCCCUGCUCCUCUGUGCAGCAAACCUGCCCCACCCCUGCCCUCGCCCCGGGGUAAACCUCAGGCCGCGCGUGGUGAGGAGGCCACACGCCCGAGCCUCGGCACCCUGCAGCCGGAGACGGGCGGGAGGCGACCGAGGCUGCGGAGAGCGCAGUGCCUGGAAGAUGAUCAGUGCAAUUCACACACGUCCAAAGGGGGAUUCUGUGCAAAUGAAGGCAAGCUGGCCCAGGGUCCCCGAGGCACAGGGCAGCAGGGGGAGAGAGGGCAGCGGCACGCCGGCAAAGGCAUCAAGGAGCCUCCUGCAGCCUCCUGGGAGUGCCGGAACAUCGGGAAGAGUCAUCAGGAGGUGUGCGCCCUGAGCCGGCCGUCGGCUGAAGGUGGAGGCAGCGAGCAUGCACUUGACGGUGCAAAGCCGAGUGCUCCGAAACGGAGAUCGAAAAGGAAAAAACCCUUGAUCACACAGCGCAAAGACACAGUUCCUCCGUAG